GUAUAGCUGUCGUGCAUCGACUGUGGAAGGUGGGUACAGUGUCAUGCAUCGACUGAACUUUACAACUUUGAUAGUGUGUUGGGCUUUCAAAUAAAGAUUUAGAUGGAUGAUAAACCAUCACAUCUUAAACGUAAGUAAUUGAGAAAAAUUGAAAGUUUCGAUUCAUGAUUUAUCAAGCAAGACGGCGAACACUUGAGGAUAAAGACAACCUCCUUACUGGACUUAACCUGUUUGGUGGAGCUAUAAACAUGGAACUGGAUCCGUGAAAAGAUAGUCGAAAAUAUUCGUUAAUGUUGCAAAUUUAAACCUCUCGAUGAAAUGACACAUACGUACAGACGACAGUAAGAUUCAAAUCCAUUUUGUUUCAUUCCCUCACAAACAUGUUGAAUGCUUGUUAAACCACUUUGGGUAUAAGACGUCUGUGAGCAUAAAUCGUCUUCUGCAAUCGGCGAGGCCGUGCGUACAUGUGGUAUUUGGGCGGUGUGUACAUGUGGUAUUUGGGCGGCCUAAUGAACCGAGGAGGACCAUUCAACCAGCAGGCUUUUUCAUACUUAAAUAUAUUAAACUGGUUUGUAUGCCUGUAUCGAUUGUUGUGAUUUCAAUACUGUCAUUCCACAAUAACGUUGAAUGUAAAUAUGUAUGCUAUUUAAGACUUUACCUCACUGAAUGGUAAUUUGAGUUACCGACCAAGGACCAUUUCGGAAUUUAACAGUCUGUGACCAGAAACCAUUGUGUUGCGGGGACGAAGUUAAACGCGAAACUGAAAUCGUCCAAAAUGGGCAAAGAAAAAAAAUCUCCUAAGAUUGAACUUGAUGGUGACCAGCCGCCGGAUACGGAGCUGGACUACAAGAAGCGGGAGACGUGGGGCUCGAGGUUCGACUUCCUUUUGGCGUGCAUCGGCUUCUCCGUGGGGCUUGGGAACGUCUGGCGGUUCCCGUACCUCUGUUACAAGAACGGUGGAGGUGCCUUCCUCAUUCCGUACCUGAUAUGUGUCAUCGUUGGAGGAAUACCACUCUUCUACCUUGAGGUAGCCGUCGGCCAGUUCAUGGGUGUCGCCGGGAUCAACGCGUGGAACCUGUGUCCAAUCUUUCGAGGUAUCGGUUUGUCCACCUUGAUCAUCGUCUUCUUCCUGAACUGUUACUACAACGUAAUCCUCGCCUGGGCGUUCAGAUACUUUUUCGCGUCGUUCACGAGUAAGCUCCCUUGGACGGACUGUGAUCCAGAUUGGGCGACUGAGCACUGCAGCAAGUUCGACCCGGCCUCCGACAACAGAUGCAACUACACACACGCAAACAACGUCAUCGAAACAGGGGCGAAAUUUAAUGGAAGCUGCAUAUCGAAAACCGAUGCGGACACCAGAAACAUCACCGUCUACCUGUCGGCGGCUUACAAUGCCACGGAGGAGGCCAUCGGCUACAAGGUGGAACCCGUCACCGAAUACUGGGAGAACAAGGUUCUGGCGAUCUCUGACGGAAUACACGACAUGGGUCCGGUCAAGUGGGACCUCGUCCUGUGCCUGCUGUUUGCCUGGAUCGUCGUCUACCUCUGUAUCUGCAAAGGAAUUAAGUCAUCCGGAAAGGUAAUGUACGUUACGGCGACGUCACCUUACAUCUUCAUGUUGGUGUUGCUGAUUCGAAACUCUUUGCUGGAUGGAGCCAAGGAGGGAAUCAUCUACUACUUGCAGCCAGACUUCUCUAAAAUGAAAGAUACACAGGUGUGGGUUGACGCGGGGACGCAAAUUUUCUUUUCCUACUCAAUCUCCCUCGGGGCACUAACAGCCCUCGGCAGCUACAACAAGUUCCACCACAACUCAUACAGGGACGCCAUCAUUUUCGCAUGUGCGAACAGCGGCACGAGCAUUUUCGCGGGAUUCAUCAUAUUCUCCAUCCUCGGUCACAUGUCAGUCGUGCAGGGAAAGGAUAUAGCAGAUGUCGCCGAAGCAGGUCCUGGGUUGGCAUUUAUCGCGUACCCCAAGGCGUUGACGUUGCUCCCGGGGGCCCCGUUCUGGUCCAUCAUGUUCUUUCUCAUGGUCAUCUUGCUCGGGCUAGACAGCCAGUUUGUUGGUGUGGAGGGUGUGGUGACAGCGGUUGUGGAUCAAUUCCCGGGCUUCUUGCGCAAGGGCCACAGAAGGGAGGUUUUCAUUGGCUGCGUCUGCAUCCUCCAGUUUCUCGUUGGCCUGCCCAUGGUCUGCCCGGGCGGGAUGUAUGUGUUCCAGCUAUUCGAUUACUAUUCCGGAAGUAGAAUCAUCCUCUUUGUCGCAGCCUUCAUGUGCGUUGCCGUUGCCUGGUGUUAUGGUAUUCGCCGUUUCUAUGACAACCUGGAAAUGAUGUACGGUUGGAGAAUCAACCCAUACAUGGCCAUCUGCUGGACUGUUCUGAGUCCAAUAUUCUGCAUGGUAAUUUUCGUGUUAAGCACUAUCAGCUACUCCGAACUUGACUACAAGCGACCGAAGGGCGUCUACGAAUAUCCCCAGUGGGCGGUGGCCAUCGGAUGGACGAUGGCCGCGUUCGCCGCCGUCUGGAUUCCCAUUGGUUGGCUCUACCACAUCAUCAGAUACGGCUCCAGCUGGGAGACAUUUCAGUUGGCGUUCAAGCCGCUGGGUUUAAGAGAUUAUCAGUUACGAUCCCAGGACAAAGGGGAGCGCUCCCUGGCCGACCUGAACCGGCCCAAUGGAUACAUUUCGGACGGUCACGGGGUCCCUGCCACUAAAAGCGAAUCUACGCCAGCGUACAAGACGGCACUGGAUAACAAGGGUGGAAUGGACAAUCCGACAUUUGUACCAUCGGAGCAGCCGACAUUCACAAGACUUUAAAUUCUGGACACUCUAAAAUCAACACAGCGUCAUUAGCUGAUAUAGACACAAUUGCUUUUACUGGAAUUAUGGAAUUAACUACCAACCGUCUCUUAUUCUUACUGGAAUAUUGGAAUCAAUCAUCAACCAUCUCUUAUUCUUACUGGAAUAUUGGCAUCAACCAUCGACCAUCUCUUAUUCUUACUGGAAUAUUGGCAUCAACCAUCAACCAUCUCUUUUACUUACUGUAACAUUGCCAUAUCUUAUACUUACUGUGAUAUUGGCAACAACCACCAACCAUCCUUUAUACUUACUGAUAUAUUAAUUGGCAUUAACCACCAACCAUCUCUUAUACUUACUGAGAUAUUGGCAACAACCACCAACCAUCUUUUAUACUUACUGAUAUAUUGGCAUCAACCAUUAACCAACUCUUAUACUUACUGUGAUAUUGAAUAUCUAUUACUUACUGGCAUCCACUAUCAACCACCAACCAUCUCUUAUACUUACUGAGAUAUUGGCAUCAACCACCAACCAUCUCUUAUACUUACUGAGAUAUUGGCAUCAACCACCAACCAUCUCUUAUACUUACUGAGAUAUUGGCAUCAACCACCAACCAUCUCUUAUACUUACUGAGAUAUUGGCAUCAACCACCAACCAUCUCUUAUACUUACUGAGAUGUUGGCAUCAACCACCAACCAUCUCUUAUACUUACUGAGAUGUUGGCAUCAACCACCAACCAUCUCUUAUACUUACUGAGAUGUUGGCAUCAACCACCAACCAUCUCUUAUACUUACUGAGAUAUUGUCAUCAACCACCAACCAUCUCUUAUACUUACUGAGAUAUUGUCAUCAACCAUCAACCAUCUCUUAUACUUACUGAGAUAUUGUCAUCAACCAUCAACCAUCUCUUAUACUUACUGAGAUAUUGGCAUCAACCAUCAACCAUCUCUUAUACUUACUGAGAUAUUGGCAUCAACCAUCAACCAUCUCUUAUACUUACUGAGAUAUUGGCAUCAACCAUCAACCAUCUCUUAUACUUACUGAGAUAUUGGCAUCAACCACCAACCAUCUCUUAUACUUACUGAGAUAUUGGCAUCAACCACCAACCAUCUCUUAUACUUACUGAGAUAUUGGCAUCAACCACCAACCAUCUCUUAUACUUACUGAGAUAUUGGCAUCAACCACCAACCAUCUAUUACACUUACUGAGAUAUUGGCAUCAACCACCAACCAUCUCUUACACUUACUGAGAUAUUGGCAUCAACCAUCAACCAUCUCUUAUACUUACUGAGAUAUUGGCAUCAACCAUCAACCAUCUCUUAUACUUACUGAGAUAUUGGCAUCAACCAUCAACCAUCUCUUAUACUUACUGAGAUAUUGGCAUCAACCACCAACCAUCUCUUAUACUUACUGAGAUAUUGGCAUCAACCAUCAACCAUUUAUUACACUUACAGAGAUAUUGGCAUUAAUCAUCAACUUUCUCAUAUAUAAACAAUGACUUGAUAAACGGAUGUCAUUUCGACACAAGUAUGGUAACUGGUGAGAUUUCCCACCUGUGGAUAUAAAAGGAACACGGCCAAAAUGCUCAAACUUUCAUCAAGCGCCUGCAGUGUUUGUUAGCAUACACUAAACAAAAUUCCUAACCGGCCACUAAGUAAAGUAACCUUCCUGAAAAGUGCAUUAAGUAUAAUCAAUAUACAGUUCAGUAUUCGAUAUCCGCUAUCUCGUGGCAAUAGUCUUUGAAAAUUUCAGCUAAAUCGAAGCAUAAACGGCAGAGAAAACACAGUCCAUAUGCGGUAACUCCCAAAUCCAAAAGUCACAAGGAAAAGAAAUAACAAUGCAAAUUCCAUAGGGAAUCAAAAUUUUCAUUGUAUUUGUAUUUUUAGCAAUAUUUUGACUCAGGCUUUGUUUCACAUAGAUGGUAAUGUUAAAGUUGAACUUUCAUUUGAACUAAUUAAGCCGUUGAUGACUGUGUUUCAGUCUCACAUAUGAUGUAAUAUCAUUUUAAAGUAAUUAAGGGUGGUAUUUUUCUUCCUUUACACGCUAUGUUAUAUUUUGUGACUUUUAUGAUUGAGAGUGUUGUCAUUUGAGACACUGUAUCUUUUUGACAAAGCGAAAUAUGUGAACCAAGUUUUCACAGCAUGUGUACGAGGUAAUGGUCUUUUCUUAAAACUAAUUUGUAAUUAGGCUUAUUUCACAGGGAAAGGAACAUUAGAAGAUUACUUAGGUGGCCGGUAAGGAAUUUUGUUAAGUGUAUAUCUUGUAUUACAGAAUGCGGAAAGUUCAUUGUUGAUUUUUGUUUCGUUUAUUUAAAAUGAUAGACUUAUUUCAUAAACCAUAGAUACGAAUGCGUCUUCCACGUGAAAUGCCACGAAACAUAUAUGAACUAUUUUUCUUAUAUAUUUUAUCCCGGAUUAAUAUUAAAUUCCAUUAUGAUCCUAACAUUUCUGUAUAAGUUGUAUUAGCUGUUUAUAAUAUAUUUGGCACAAUGUA